CAGUACGAAGUUUUCGAAAUGCUUUUUCGAAACUCUCUUCUGUUCCUUUGUCUAUCCGUCUUCAUUUGCAUUGCCGACGCUGGAAGAAUCCAUGAAAAGCUGAAAAAAGUGGGAAAGAGGUUCUGGAAUAUUCAACCGACCGAAGAAGACAUUUACCAGGACAAGCUCUGGCACUGGAACGACCAACCAGACGAUGUGAUUAAUGAAACAAAAUGGUUCGAGGCACGUGUCAUUGCUGGAAAUAUGGUUGAAAUGUCAUCGGCUGAAAACAAAAACUACAAAUUGGCAAAAGCAUUCAUCGAGAAGAUUUCGGACCCGGAUAUGGAAGUGGAAAUUUGUGGAUCAGAAACUAAAUUGAAUUCUUUUCAAUACGAUAUGUACAUGGAUCGAGAGAGUUUGAAGUACAAAGAAGUGGUUGAUCUUCAAGCAAUCAAUUAUCGUGUUGUCGGUUCUACAAAAGAAACUCUGGUUGUUGAGUUGAGAUUUGAUCAAGUUGGAAAAGACGAAUCAAAGACAACAUUUAUCUACACACUGACAACGAAAAUUUCGUUUGAUAACAAGUUUAGUCGUUUUGUGAUCACUAAAAUUCAACAAGGUGGUAGCUGUGAAGAUCAUGGAAUUGUUGGAUUUGCAAUGCUCGAUCAAGAAACGAAUCCGGAAAGUUUGAAGACUGACCCAAGUGUCCAAGGACUAUUCAACCUGCUCAUUCCAAAAUACUUUAAAUUUAUCGAGAAAGACUCCAAGAGUAUUCCUAAAGCGUGGAUGCACGCUCUGGACAUGGACGAAACGGACAUUGAGGUUUUCCGUGCUCGGGAAAGUGCUCCUGUCAAAUACACAAGACUUCAAUUCAUAUAUUUCUAUCUUCGAUUCGCCAUAAUGUGGCAUCCAAAACUGGGAGAUCAGGAUUAUAUGUCAAUUCAAAUGUUGAGUCAAGACGAGAGCACUUUAUCUGCAAGAGUAACGAUGAAGCUUCAAAUUGGAAGAAAUAAAACAGCUCUUGUACAUGAGUGGAAUUUCAAGAUAACUGCCAAAUAUAAUCAACGUGACAACAAAAAGUGGUACAUCACGGGUCUCGAGUUCUUGUGUCCCCCAACAAUUACCGAUUAUAUGGAUCUGUCUCUGCUAGCAUAUCGUGAAGUGGUAGCUGAAAAGUUCUUAUUGUCUUUGAAUAGUCAGGUUGAACCUGUAAAAUGGUAUUCUUCGAUGGAAUUUUUGAGAUAUUUCACCAAGUAUGGAGAAUUUACAUCUGAAACUUGUAAUACUGGAGAAGUUGUGACUAAAGAUGAUUUGAAAAAUCUCGAGACUUCAAUGUUUUCAUCCGACGCCUUGUACAACAUUACUAUUCAUAAAUACAAGAUUGACUACACAGACAUUCCACUACCAGCCACCGAAACAACACACUUCAAAAUGGGAACUCGCGCAAAAGGAUAUUAUAGCACUGCUGGCAUCAACUGUAACUGGCAUCAACUUGAUUGGGAUUUUGAUAUCGAAUGGGAUAAAAUGCAUCAGUUCUACUACAUUAAAUACUUAAAAAUGUCCUGCCCAAAAGGAAUGAGAUUGGCAGAAGACGAUUAUUUGAAGGUGUCUCCUGAUUCUAAAGAAUUGAAUUAUUGAAAGAGAACCCCAAUGUCACUUUACUUGUAAUAAAUUUAUUUUUC